ACAAUAGUAAAGCACCUGUCGUCAAUGCAAAAAACCUUAUCAAUGAGAUAACAGGGGCAAAGGACUGAAAAUAAUGUGAUUAUAAUCAUAAUUGUGCUAGUCUAAAAACUAUGGGUUUUAACCUUAAUUUAGUUGUUAUAGUUACAUUAGUAAUAAGUGCCCGUGUUUUCGGACAAGACGUUAUAGUGAAUGAAAAUGAAAGAAUUGAUAGUGAAAAUGGUGACAAUGCUGUGAUUCCUGAAAAUGGCGCCACCGAAGUUACAGAAAAAACUGAAAGCGAUGUAGUUGAGUUAAUAGAAGAGUCUGAUACGCUAGAAGUGAGAAGUGGGAAAUACCAAGUUCUAAAUGAUGGUUUAGUGGGUGAUACACCUACUAAUUUAGAAGCUGUCGAUUUAGGAUCUAGUGAUGGUCAAAAUGAGCGUCAGGUCAUUGCCCCUCCUGGUACUACUUAUCCUACAAAUUCGGAAUACGAUCACAUCGAUGGCAGAACUCUACCUGAUACCAACUAUCAAAAUAAUGGCCAAUCUUACGUCAUCACUCAGCAAAGGCUGGCCCAAAUUCGAUCUAACUUCAUGUACUGGUUCUAUGACCGAGGAGGGAAUGAGGAUAUUGGAGAUUACCAAAGAGAUAUCCACACUUCCACCCCACAGAUCCACAAGAACUUUAAUUUCCAACUACCGUUCUUUGGAUUUAGAUUAAAUUACACAAGAUUGUCCAUGAAUGGCUACCUCUACUUCAGCGACCCUCCAGACCAUUAUACCUAUCCACUAUCAUUCCCUAUCAAAGACUGGCCUGCAGUCAAUGACCCGUCCUUCAUUGGUAUAUUCUUCAGCAAAUGUCGCAUUGGAAGUCAAAGGCCAGAGGAUCCUGAUCAAAGAAGACCUGGUGUUUACUUUAGGAUGGACAGAGAUUUGCAGACUCGUACCGAUCAACUAGGUGUGGAAAUGAGGGAAAGAAUCACGUGGGAUCUUCGGGAGGGCGUCAUCGGCUCUGAGGCUUUCUUCCCAAAACAUGCUAUCACGAUCACCUGGAAAAACAUGUCCUUCGCUGGAGGUAUUGAUAACGCCUUGUUUACGACAAACACUUUCCAAAUGGUGCUGGCAACGGAUGAAGUGUUUACAUAUGCAAUUUUCAAUUACCUGGAGAUCAAUUGGAGCUCUCAUACUGAAGCUGGUGGUGAUACCACUACUGGGGAAGGUGGUGUUCCAGCGUAUAUUGGAUUCAACGCAGGCAACGGUACACGCAGUUACGAAUACAAGCCAUACUCCCAAGCGUCUGUGCUGAGAGACUUGACUGGAAGAGGGUGGGCUAACGGAUUCCCUGGAAGACACGUCUUUAGGAUCGACGAAAAUAUUCUUAUGGGCACUUGCAACAAAGACAUAGACGGAGCUAACCUUCCACUGAUGUUCGCCCCAGAAAGUGGUAACAUGCUUGGAGGUACCAUCGUAAACAUCACAGGCCCUUGCUUCAGGCCGACAGACCGUAUCUCAUGUAGGUUCGACACAGAAGCUGUUAUCGGUGCAGUCAUAGAUGAAAACAGAGCAAUCUGCGUACAACCACGCUUCUGGCAUAAUGGUUACGCAAGGUUCGAAAUCGCAAUAAAUAACGAACCUUAUAAGUGGAAGGGAAAAUUUUUCGUUGAAACGCCCGCAACUGCUACUGAAAGAAUCUUCUUCCCCGAUAACGCAGUCCAUGAGAGGUAUCCUCCUGAAAUCCGAAUGACAUGGGACCGCUACAAUUUAACAACGAACUUUAACGUCCAACUUCAGAUCAGUUUAUGGGGCUACAAAGAGAUUACGAUCAGACCACAACUGGAGUUUAUUGAUAUGAUAGAAAUGGGAGUGGCCAAUACUGGAGAAUACGUUAUAAAUCCUCAAAACUUCCGCAACAGAGAUAAUAUAAUGCACAAUGAUAUGCAGUUUGGGUUUAUUCAGAUCAACUUAACGACUCCUGAGGUUUACAAGGGUGUUCCCAUUUCACCGGUGCUAUGGAGUAGACCGAUUCCUCUCGGAUGGUACUUCGCUCCUCAGUGGGAGCGACUGCACGGCAGACGUUGGCCACAAGCGAUGUGUAACAAUUGGCUCAGAAACGAUCGUUUCCUCAAGAACUACGCUGCCCAAGUCUGGGUUUGCCCUUGUACACUGGAACACGCUCUACUGGAUAAAGGUCGUUUUAUGCCCGAUUUGCAUUGCGACAGAGAUAUUAAUCCAACAUGUAGAUAUCACUGGGGUGCUUUACAUUGUGUUAGAAGUGGUGCUCCAAGCUCUGAAGGAUCAGGACAGCAGUGUUGCUACGAUAAGAACGGCUUCCUUAUGCUUUCAUACGACCAAAUGUGGGGAUCACAGCCUCAUCGAUCUCAUGACUUCGGAUUCACACCUUACAAUGAGGCUAACAAGGUACCAUCUCUGUCCCAUUGGUUCCACGAUAUGAUACCAUUCUACCAGUGCUGCAUGUGGCAAGAGGAACAGGCGGUUGGCUGCGAGACUUUCAGGUUUGAACGACGUCCAUCUCAAGAUUGCGUGGGUUAUCAGGCUCCCGGAGUUGCAGGAAUAUUUGGCGACCCACAUAUUGUUACGUUUGACGGCUUACAAUACACCUUCAAUGGCAAAGGUGAAUAUGUAUUGGUAAGAGUGGACAGACCAGAAUUGAAGCUGGAUGUGCAAGGCCGCUUUGAACAAACACCUAGGAACAGACUUGGAGCAGUGAAUGCUACUGUGCUGACUUCCGUUGUAGCUGCUUCGAAUAACUCUAUCUCGAUUGAGGUAAGACUGCGUCCGCAACACGCUCAGUGGAGGUACCGGCUAGAUGUUUUUGCUGAUAACAAGAGGAUAUACUUCGAUCGGACUUCGUUAAGAGUGCAAUAUUUCCCUGGUGUGACAGUAUACCAACCUAUGUAUAUCCUGAACCAGUCGGAAGUCGUCAUCAUGUUUCCUUCCGGUGCUGGUGUUGAAGUCAUUGAAAACAGAGGCUUUAUGAGCGCCAGGGUUUAUUUGCCUUGGACUUAUAUGAACCAAACCAGAGGUCUCUUCGGCAAUUGGUCGUUGGACGUCAACGAUGACUUUAUUCGGCCAGACGGCACUCUUGCACCGAUUGAUCUAAACAACUUCCAGUCGGCGCAUAGAGACUUUGCACAAAACUGGCAACUAACUGAUCGAGAGCAACAGGGUAUAGGAGUAGCAAUGUUCUUCAGAGAAUAUGGACGGACGGCGGCAUACUACAACGAUAAUAAUUUUAUACCGAACUUCAUUCGAGAGCCUGCGGACUUUUUGCCAGCAAAUCGCUCACAAGACUUGGCGAGGGCGCUGGAAAUAUGUCAGGACUCAUAUCAAUGCCGAUACGACUACGGCAUGACGCUGAAUAGAGAACAGGCUGAAUUCACGAAGAACUAUCUGUCAUCUAUAGUAAACAUACGAGAAACAAACGCACGUCGUGUCAUCAGCUGCGGUAUAUUGGAAACUCCUCGGUUUGGAAGAAAGAGUAAUUUCUUCUUCACUCCUGGCACAAGAGUAAACUUUGAGUGCAACCAAAACUUUAUCCUGAUAGGUGACAAGCGACGUAUCUGUGAGGACAACGGUAGAUGGAAUUUGCCUGAUUACGGAUACACUGAGUGCUUACGUAACCAGGAGUAUUCUCAACGCGCCCUGUUCCUGACUUGGGGCAUCAUAGUGGCAAUUAUUCUACCAUUAUCACUACUUAUUUGCCUGUUAUGGUUCUGGUGUUGGCACAAGCCGAGGUCCGAAGGCAAAGAGGGAUUCCGCUUCGAAGACUUUCCGCGAUCGAAAUCCGCCUCUCGUCUCAACCUUAGAUCAGCUUCAAUGGGAAACAUCACUGACACUAUGAAAUCCUCCACCCUACGUAGCCAAGACUCAGAUAUAAAACCCAAAAUACCUGACACUCCUACAGAGGAAAGUCCCUUAAAACCAAGCUCUACUUUAGUUACUCGGGCUGCCCCUUUACCACCUACCGAAACUAUGCAGGAUGGCGAUACUUCAGGCAUUGGGUAUUCUGAUUCCAAUAGAAGCGAUUCUAAUAAAUCUGAUAAAUCCAAAAAACGCCGCGCGUAUGACAAAACUUAUAGGACUAACGAACCGUUGCCAAAUGCACCUGAAGUAGAAUUCGCAGAGAAGCCCUGGGAUUUAUCUGAAGAAGAUUUACUAUCGCUCACUACGCCAUCCGAAACAGAGUCCAAUAAAGACUCAACUUUGACACGACCCGCUAAAGAUAUAAAAUUUAUUAGCAAACCACGCCAAACUGGUCGCCGCGCUCUUCCCAGUGAUUCUGGUUAUUCCACCAAAGAGGGAUCAGAAGAUCCUUACUCACCAAAGUACGAGGGUCAAUACAGUCCUAUACCAUCUCAAUACUCUCCAACUUACUCUGAGAUUUAUUCCCCUCCAAUAAGCCCAAUAUCGGAUAAUAGUCCAAGGAGCACUUACAACAAUCCAGGCUUACCAGAGCCUCCUAAAAGUGCUCCACCCACAGAAGUAAAGACAUUCACUCUUCCUUCUCAAAAAGGUAAUCAAGAAUACUCUGCUCGUACCCUCGGUGCCACAUGGGGCAUCAUCAGCGCGGUGAUGCUUCCCAUAGUGGUUGUACUCAUCUGCAUUGGAUACCGAAUCCUGAAAAGAAAGAAGGACGAAGAACGGGAGGAGAACGACUUUUUACCCAUCAGGACGAGAACCUUCGAUCCAGAUGAACAACUAAAACUAAACUCUGAUGAUGACUCAAUUCCUUACAAGAAAGACCUCACUGAGGACAGUCCAGAGCCGACAGAACCAGUUAAGGUUGACAAUGAUAUUGCUUACCCUUACGGUCAAGAAUACCCGCAACCGUCCGAGCAAUAUCAAACCUCUACUGAUACGUUUACGCAACCACAGUAUCCACCGCAAACUACAGACACGUUCGGGCAACCGCAGCCGUACCAGCAACAGCAAUCACAGUACCAGCAGCAGCAACCACAAACGAGCAGAGCAUGGGCUGGAGAGACCGAAAUUAAUUAGAAAUGUAUCCGUCCAAGAUUCAAAAUCUUGCUCUUAGGCUGCCCGCACACACGUCAAUAUUAUAGACAAUAUUCUGCAUAUUAUAUUAACAUAAUAUUGUCUGCAUGUGGCGUAUUGAAGAGUUGAAGUAUUUGUAAAAUAUAUUGUCAAUAAUAUUAGCUGUGUGCAGGCAGCAUUGCUAUUGUAGCUCGUUUAUCUGAGCAUAGACUAUAAGACAUUUGGACAGGGAUGUGUCUUUCCUAAAGAUAAAACAGUCCAUAA